AUGUCUGCUCUUCGUCGCCGUAUCAUCAAUGCCCUUAGAGAUUCACCUUCCCCCUCUGCAAGUCGAGACAGCACGCCUGAUUCCAAUGAAGAGGUCCAACUUGCCUCGGCCAAGAAGUCGGACAAGUUCGCAACCCGAAAACAUAGCAAGAGGAGGUCGGGGAUCAUAUUCGGACUUGGAGGUCUUCUUGGGCUGGUGCUAGCACUGUUAUUUGCGCAAUCGCAAGAUGUGAUAAAGCUGGAAGGAUUACUCGAAGUCAACCUGGACAGUUUGAUGGAUGCGAUCCCUGCAGGCAUGGUCAAGGACGUGAAAGAUCUAUCCAGGGCAGAGCGAGAGGUUGUCAACUACGACUCGUUCUCAGUGGGUUUACAUUUACAAUCCCAAGGAAUAUCGGCCCACCAUCCGGUAAUUAUGGUUCCGGGAGUGAUAUCAACUGGCCUGGAGUCAUGGUCCACCGGGGAGAAAUCCCGACAAUAUUUUCGAAAGCGACUUUGGGGGUCUUGGUCAAUGAUGAGAGCUCUUGUGAUGGAUCAAGCAGAAUGGAAGAAACACAUCAUGCUGGACAAGGAGACAGGACUUGAUCCUCCAGGAAUCAAACUUCGUGCCGCACAGGGUUUUGAUGCGACCGAUUUCUUCAUCACCGGAUAUUGGAUUUGGAAUAAAAUCUUGGAGAACCUCGCUACCAUUGGGUAUGAUCCAACGAAUGCAUUCACGGCAUCUUAUGACUGGCGUCUUUCCUAUGCCAAUCUGGAAGUUCGUGACCAAUUCUUUACCCGGCUGAAAAACUAUAUUGAGGUCGCGCACGCCACUUCUGGAAGGAAGGUCGUCCUUGUUUCGCAUUCUAUGGGCAGUCAAGUAUUUUUCUAUUUUAUGAAAUGGGUCGAACAUAAAGAUCAUGGAAAAGGAGGUCCGAAAUGGGUCAACGAUCAUAUUGAUUCCUGGAUUAAUAUAUCUGGAUGCAUGCUUGGGGCGGUCAAAGACAUCCCAGCCAUUCUGUCGGGAGAAAUGAAGGAUACAGCCCAGCUGAACGCAUUCGCCGUCUACGGGCUGGAAAAGUUUUUGUCCAAGGGGGAUCGAGCAGAACUCUUCCGAGCAAUGCCUGGGAUAUCAUCGAUGUUACCCAAAGGUGGCGACGCAGUUUGGGGCAACAGUUCUUGGGCGCCAGACGAUUUGCCAUCGCCAACACAAAACACUACUCACGGUGUCUUUCUCUCUUUCAAACCGAAAGCGAAUGCCACCGAAAUUCUGCGAAAGAAUCUGACAAUGGCGGAAUCUUUUGAAUAUUUGCUAAACAACACGGAGCCGUGGUAUGCAGAUCAGAUCAAACACUCGUAUUCUCAUGGGGUCGCACAUACCAAAGCAGAGGUGGAGAAGAACGAAAACAUACCUCAAACUUGGUUGAAUCCAUUGGAAGCUCGACUUCCUCAUGCACCAGAUAUGAAGAUAUACUGCUUCUACGGGAUCGGCAAACCAACCGAGCGAGCAUACUUCUACAAGGAGAAUGAUGAUCCGCUUCAUGGCAACAUCAACGUAUCCAUCGAUACCUCGAUCAAUACGCCAAAUGGUCGUCUCCAGGAACUGGGUUCCAUUGAUCAUGGGGUGGUUUUUGGUGAAGGAGAUGGGACAGUGAAUUUGUUGUCCACAGGGUUCAUGUGUGCCAAAGGAUGGAAAAAGAUCAAACGAUACAAUCCAGCCGGAAUCAAAAUCAGCACCUUUGAAAUGCCACACGAACCGGACAGAUUUAGUCCUCGAGGUGGACCGAAUACUGGAGAUCAUGUGGAUAUUCUUGGUAGAAGCAGCCUGAAUGAUUUGAUAUUGCGUGUUGCUGGCGGCAAAGGAUAUCAGAUUGAAGAAAACUAUGAAAGCCGGAUUUGGGAAAUCAGUGAGAAGGUACAAAUCUUUGAUCACGAAUGA